CAUUUAUAAAAAAAAAAAAAAAAAAAAAAAAAAAAAAGUAGUGGGAGGAGUCCAACUGAAAAGUACAGAGGCAGAGGACAGAGUUAGACAUCCGUUUUCUAACGGUCCUGCCAGGGAGGCUCGAGCUCUCAGACUGCGUCACCCUUUCGCCGAGGGUCCCCCAGACGGGCGGGGGCGCCUUGCGGCCGGCUCGUCACUCUUCCCGCCUCCCUGCGCCCUCCGCCCCGCUGCGCCUGCGGAGCGCGCGGUCCGGCGCAGCCCCUUUUGGCACCGAGGUUUCCAGGUGCCCAGCGCGAAGGCGGAGCCGGGUUACAGCCGCCUCCGCGGCGCCACAGAGAAGACCCCCGGGAGUUCGGCGGCCCAGGCGCUCAGGCUCCAGCCUCCCGAGAGUCCCCGGGCUCUCCGCGCUCCUCCCUCUCCGCGCGCCCGGCGCAAAGCCUGCGAUUCGCUAGCCGAGCGCAGGGCGCAAGCCGAGUGGCGCACGCUGGGCAGUGGCCCGGGUAACCGGAGCGCAGCCGGAGCCGUCACCGAGACCGCUGGCCCGCGCACUCCCGGACCAUGACCGCCGAGGGACCCCGCCCGCCGGCCCGGUGGCACAGCCGCCUGCUCGGGCUCUGGGCGGCGGCACUGCUCCUGCUCGGUCUGCCGCGCCUUUCGGUGCGGGCGGAUGGAAAGCUCUUUGUGGUGGAGUCUCAGAAUGGCUCUCAGGGCCUAGUCCUGGAGGCUGCUCGGCUUUCCUGCAAGAGCAGGGGCGCUCACUUGGUGUCUGCAGACGAGCUGCGGAGAGUGGUCCAAGAUUGCUCCUUUGCAGUGUGUGCCACUGGCUGGCUAGCAGAUGGCACCCUUGGAACAACCAUGUGUAGCAAAGGAAGUGGAGAACAGCAAAUCAUGAGAGCUGUUGACGUGAGGAUUGAGAGCAACCCAGUUCCUGGUGGCACGUACAGUGCCCUUUGUAUUAAGGAUGAAGAGAGGCCGUGUGGAGACCCGCCUUCCUUCCCACACACCAUCCUGCAGGGCCGCACCGGCUUGGAGAUGGGGGAUGAACUGCUGUACGUGUGCGCCCCAGGCCACAUCAUAGGCCACCAGGAGACCGCCUUCACCUUGCUAUGUAACAGCUGCGGGGAGUGGUACGGCUUGGUGCAGGCCUGCGGGAAAGAUGAGGCUGAGGCACACAUUGACUAUGAAGAUAACUUUCCUGAUGACAGGUCUGUGUCAUUCAGAGAGCUCAUGGAGGAUUCCCGGACAGAGACAGAAGAGGACAGGAGUCAGGAAGAAUCCUCUGAGGAGGCUCCAAAGCAGGACCGUCUGGUCUCUAUUUCUGUGGGAAGAGAAAAUAUAGCCCGGGAUAAAGGCUUUGUGCCGACCACAAGCUUGCCUGGAGCCGGGAGCAGCGUCCCCGCAGACUCGCCAGGAUCACGGCUGCACCAGAAGCACUUGUUCUGGUUUCCUGCGGAGGCUUUCCACAAGCCUGGGUUGGAAAAGGAGGUAGAUGAGGACACCAAAAAGCAGUUUUCUGCUGGAGACAACCACAGUGGUAUAAAAUUGGUCCCAGGGGAACCUGAAACCAAGGUGAUCUAUAGCAACACUGAUGGUCCCUCAGGGCCAUUUGUGGGAAAGAAUGAUAGCAGGGCAGGGGAUCCAGUGGUCAACAGCAGCGAUGAGUCCUGGUUAGAUGGUUACCCUGUGACAGAUGGGGCUUGGAGGAAGACAGAGGCAGAAGAGGAAGAAGACGGGGACAGAGGGGUCGGGUCAGUAGGACUGGAUGAAAACAUUCCUGUUACUCCUGAUCAGCCCGUUCCUGUGGAAGUUAAAAAGCCCUGGAUUAGCACCCUCGUACCAAGUGAGGACAUGACCCACAGUUCAGUUCUUCCAUCUCAAAUGCUAGACAUGGAAGCUUUGGCGCUCAGACCCAUGAAUGUGUCUGAGACUGAGAGCAAUGGGGAUGGUGACUUGACCAAGUACCAGUCAACUCUACCCUGGAGAUUCACCACAGAGGAGUCUCCCAUGGCCACCCUGCCCUAUGAGCUCACCAGCUCUACCCUGGAGAUAUUAGCAGCCACCACUGUCAAGCAGACGCCUAGCCACAUCCCCUCAACGGGCAUGGCGACCACUCAGCCUCCAGUAGAAACCACUGCUCCUGAGGUCCAGGACAGCUUCCCAUACCUGCUGUCUGAAGACUUCUUGGGACAGGAAGGCCCUGGGCCAGGUUCAAGGGAGGAGCUUCAUCCUACCUUGGAGUCGUGUGUGGGGGAUGGCUGUCCUGGCCUCACCAGAGGCCCUGUGAUCGCCACCGUUGUCACCAUCCUGUGCCUGCUGCUACUCCUGGCAGGGGUGGGGGUGGUGUGGGGCUACCGCAGGUGCCAGCACAAGAGCUCUGUGUACAAGCUGAAUGUUGGCCAGCGGCAGGCUCGGCACUACCACCAGCAGAUUGAGAUGGAGAAGGUCUAGGCACCUUUGCAGUGGGCUCUCCCAAAGCCACCUGGGAGGAAAACUAACUGUGGCACAUCACACUGAUAAUUCACUAGAGUAUGACACAGGUGGACUGGGGCUCGUCAUUUUCCCCUCAGCCCUUUGUUUUAUAGGCUGAGAAGUGUCUCUGGAGCACCUGGCAGGGCAGGGAGGCUUUGAUGGCACUUUUCCUCAUGUUAGUGUCUACUCCACUGCCUGCCCUGGAUCGACUAUACUAAUGUCAGACCUGUGCUUGGGCCCGGUUUCCAGUGUGAGGUCAAAAAUUGCCUCUUCCUUCAGCACAGUAUUAUCUUUUUUUUUUUUUUUGAGACAAAGUCUCAUGCUGUCACCCAGGCUGGAGUGCAGUGGCAUAAUCUGGGCUCAC